AUGGAGGCGUUUCGGGUGCUCAUGCGUUGGGUGUGGAAGUAUUUGCAUGGAGAAAUGGUGGCGUUGGGUGUAAUGACCGAGUUGGUAAUGGAGAAUCGGCUGGAUGAAUGCAAAGAACUGGCUGAGUUUUUCUCUGAUAUUGGUCUUCCAAUUUGUUGGAAGCAGAUGGGAGUGGAUGUGUACAACGAUGAGCAGGUUCAUACCAUGUUGAAUAGCUGCUUCGAGAAGUUCUAUGCCAUUAAGAAUAUGACUGUGGAGAAGACGAUUCCUGUGUAUCAAAAGGGAAUGCAGGAUUCGGAAGCGUUUUGUUCAAAGGUGAUGGAAAGAAAGGGGCAGGCGAAGUGGCUGCAAUAUCAUCCUUAG